GUCGUUUCAGCUCAGCGCCAGUUGUCGGAACACUCUCGCUCCAUAUCAUUCGUCGCUGUCGUCCUCAGUCGGAGCCAGGUGCUCCAGUCUCUCGUUCACUCUCCAGGAAAAGAAUAAAAAGUAAUCAUAAUGGGGAACUGGUUCGGCGAUUUGCAGUUGGCCUACAAGUACACUGUGGUCUUCGUGUCGCUCCUCGUCCUCACUCUAAUCGCUGGUGCAAUCAAGCUCCUGUAUGACCGCAGAAAAUUGAAGAAGUUUACCAAGCAGCAUAAUGAGGAAUCGGGACCCAGAGAGGAACAGAUGGAGUUGAAUCAGCGGGAGAAGGACGAAGGGGACUUGUUCGGCAUUCGAGCCAUAGAAGCUGGGUUUUACGCCGGUAUCCCGCAAUCUCGCCCUACAUCAAGAGCUGGAUCGAUCGCCGAAAGCCCGGCAAUGUCAUCGACAACUCUGAUCGGCGGCUUCAACUCACCAAAGAUCCAAACGCAUUCCAUGGCAAGCAGUGUCACCAGCUUGCCUCUGGCUCACACCAAUAACCGCGAUUCGGAAACCUUGCCCUCGCACUCUCCUCCGAGAAGGAAGUCACCACCGAACAUGAUGAAGCUGCGACCAUCUGAGGCGGAAUUGAAUGGAAGGAUCAAUCACAACGCCGCCGUCAAUAUGAACUUGACCGUGCCCCCUUCGCCAGUUCUAGCGCGCCCUCCGCACUCACCUACCUUUGGGGGCUCGGAUAGCGGCGAGAGUGACGGACGUCUCUCACCUCGAUCGCCUAGCUUCAAACCUGAACACUAUGCUCCAGUUCCGCCACAGAUCCCGAUGCCAGAAGGGCUCCGAGCUUCCCUUGUCUCCGCUGAAGAUCCCGCGAAAUCGCAAGCCGCCUCUUUCAACGACCCAUCACCCGCGCACUCGCCAAACCACAGCGCUCCGCCCUCCCCAGGCCGUGCUCCCGUAGCCAAGCCUCCUUCCAUGCCACAGAGGGCAUUCCAGGACGAUGCUCGGUCUCCCUUCCCCACGUUCCACGAGCCGGGUGUCCGAGCCGAGCAGUCGAGUAGGUAGACUUUCCUUGGUGCUGUGAUAUUUAGCAUUCAAGCAAUCAACGUCACGAGCAAUCCUGACUUUUGUAAAGACAAUAUGCCAACUGAACGACCGUCGUCGCCCGUCCGUCUUCUACCACAAACGUAUCAGCCAUCCCACCAACGAGACCUGAGCAGCGCAAGCAGCAUAUAUAGUGACAAGAGAACAUCGACAUACCAGGGCCACCACAAACGCACGAC